AUGUCCUGCAUUAUUUGUGAGCUAAGUCGUGGCCUGGUAUGCCCCGUAUACUGGAAGGACAGUCGCGACAUGGCACAUGGUACGAACCUGCGUUUUGGGGCCUAUGCCUGGAUAACACGUACACUAGCGGAUUUCCGAAACCUGGUUAACGACACUAUCCCCGAAUUGGAAUUCACGAGGGAAGAAGAGAAGGCUGAAUAG